AUGGAGAGAGAGCAAAUGAAGAAAAUUCCUUAUGCAUCAGCUGUGGGGAGUUUGAUGUACGCUCAAACAUGUACAAGACCGGAUAUCAGCUUUGCUGUAGGCAUGUUAGGAAGAUACCAAAGUGAUCCAGGAUUCGAACACUGGAAAGCUGCAAAGAAGGUGAUGAGGUACUUACAAGGGACAAAGGAUUAUAUGCUCACAUAUAAAAGAUCAGAACAAUUAGAGGUUGUCGGUUACUCGGAUUCUGAUUAUGGUGGUUGUCUCGAUAGCUUAAAGUCAACUUCAGGAUUUGUCUUUAUGCUAGCAAAUGGGGCAAUCUCGUGGAAGAGUGAAAAACAAUCAAUUACUGCUUCAUCCACGAUGGAAGCCGAGUUUGUUGCUUGUUUUGAAGCUUCAAGUCAUGCUUUAUGGUUGCGGAAUUUUAUCUCAGGGCUUGGUGUUGUCGACUCUAUUGCUAAACCUUUGAGAAUAUAUUGUGAUAACACCGCAGCUGUUUUCUUCUCUAAGAAUGGCAAAUUUUCUAGUGGAUCGAAACACAUGGAUUUAAAGUAUUUAGUUGUUAAAGAAAGAGUCCAGAAACAACAAGUGUCAAUUGAAAAUAUUAGGACCACACUUAUGGUUGCUGAUCCAUUAACUAAAGGAUUACCUCCAAAGGCAUAUUUGGAACAUGUUAUGAGGAUGGGUCUUUUGAGUAAUCCAUAA